AGUUCCCUCCCUUCUUCUCUCCCUCAAUCAACUGUACGCCUGAAUCCCGAUCACCUCCCGGCACCGAAUUUAUUGCUCCCUCCCUAUUAAUUCAAUUCACCGCCUGCCGGAAUGGAAAGCGGCGACUCAUCCGACGUUGAGUUUGAUGCCGAAAGCCAGCGGUUCGACGAUUACAGCGUCAGCGCUGACGUCAGCGAGUCCGAGAGCUCCACCUCUAGCGCCAGCUUUUCCUGCCGUCGCCAGCCGCCUCUUUCCCCCACUCCUCCGCCGCCGCUCAAGCCCCGUAAACCCGAAUCCGAAAUGUCAGAAGUUGAAUUGAUGAAGGAUCGAUUUGCAAAACUGUUGUUAGGGGAAGAUAUGUGCGGUGGUGGAAAGGGAGUGUCCACUGCUCUUGCUAUUUCCAAUGCUAUUACAAAUCUUGCUGCAAAGGUGUUCGGCGAGCUCUGGAAAUUGGAGCCCUUGACUCCCGGAAAGAAAACUGCUUGGGGCCGGGAGAUGGAAUGGCUUCUCUCUGUGAGUGAUUCUAUAGUGGAGCUUGUUCCUUCAAUGCAGGAAUCUCCAAAUGGUGGAGGGACCUUUGAAGUCAUGGUGCCUCAACCGCGCUCAGACCUAUACAUCAACAUCCCCGCACUCAAGAAACUGGAUGCCAUUCUUAUUAACAUGUUUGAUGGCUUUCGUGACCCUGGAUUCUGUUAUGUUGAACAGCAGAUUGAAACGUGCCCUCGUUCUUCUUCUUCUUCUUCUUCUCUAUCCUCGCACAGGCAUUCGGUUAGGCUUCAAGAAGAGGGAGGGCGGUUACCGUUCCCCAAGGUCCCACCCGAUGGUUUGUCUGAAAAAACAAGGAACCAAUUGCUUCAAUGCAGGGAGUGUGCAACCCAAAUUUUCAAGGCUGCUUUGGCAAUAAACACCACUGUUUUGUUUGAGAUGGAAGUGCCAAAAGCUUAUUUGGAGAGCUUGCCCAAGAGCGGAAAAGAGUGUUUAGGUGAAACCCUGUACAAUGACAUCUCUACUGGGCAAUUGUCCCCAGAGUGCCUUCUUGAUUAUUUGGACCUAUCGUCAGAGUACACAGCUUCAGAAAUAGCUAAUAGAGUUGAGACUGCUAUGCAUAUCUGGAGGCAGAAACACCACCGGAAGAGGAAGAAGAAGAAGAAGCAACCGAAUCCAGCAAAAAGCGGGUGGGGUGGCACGAUGAAAGGCCUUGUUGGUUACAGCAAAGAAAGGGAGAAAGUCUUGUCGGAACGAGCAGAGAACAUCCUUAGGAGCAUGAAACUAACUCUACCUGGCCUCCGCCAAACUACGCUCGACAUGCAAAAGAUUCAGCACAACAAGGAUGUGGGGAAAUCGAUCCUGGAGAGCUAUUCUCGGGUGUUGGAGAGCAUAUCGUUCAACUUGAUUGCGAGGAUAGAUGAUCUGCUGUACGUAGACGAUGCCGCACGACGGCGUGCUGCUGCAGCUGCAGAGCUCAUCAGCCGGAGAGGACAUUAUCCGCAGAGACGGGCUUCUUCUGCCUCCGUUUCAUACCAACAAAAACCCUGUGCCCCAUUAUUACGGACAGACAAGGCAUCGUCGUCGUUAGUUGAUACCUCGUCCAGGAGAAGAAUACACAACAAUAUGGUGGUGUCCAAGUCAGGAGGUAACACAAAAAACUGUAGAUAUUAAUUCCAUUUUGGCACUCCCAACAGCUAGUUUGCAAAAUCUGGCAUUGGAAUAUAUAGAAGAAGAUCUUUGAUGAUGUCAUCCAGUUUCAUCCUGUAGCUGCUAUGCAGAUUUAUCAAGCUGAUGAACUUAGCCAUGAAGGGGCCGGGUCUCCAUCUAAUUAAAUUUGCAUCGUCUUUGUAUGUUUAAUUAGUUAGUGCAUAUAUAGCUAGCUUGCUAGCUAGGUUCAUUAUAUUGUGUGUUGUUAACAUCAUUCAACCUAACUGUCCUC